CCACACCUCAACCUCUCAAUAGUAUAACAACUAUACCACCCAAUAACUCACAGAGGAGGAGGAGGAGGAGCAGGAGGAGGAGGACGCGCACAUUGAAUCUUUAAGCACACCAAAGAAGAGUUUUGUGCUUGUGAGCUUAGAACAGAGGAGAAAACAAAAAUGGCCAUGGCCUCCACCUCCGCCGCGGUCCUCCAAAGCCUAUCCAGCCCCUUCGUCGCCGGCUCGCGGAGGUCGCUCCUAAACGCCGCGAUGGCCAGCAAGUCCGCUGCUGCCGCUGGCAAUUCACGCAGGCUCCUCGUCGUCGCGGCCGCCGCACAGAAGAAGUCGUGGAUCCCUGCUGUCAAGAGCGACAGCGAAUUCAUCAACCCCCCCUGGCUCGAUGGCUCGCUUGCCGGCGACUACGGGUUCGACCCGCUGGGGCUGGGCAAGGACCCGGCGUUCCUGAAGUGGUACCGGGAGGCGGAGCUGAUCCACGGGCGGUGGGCGAUGACGGCGGUGGUGGGCAUCUUCGUGGGGCAGGCGUGGAGCGGCAUCCCCUGGUUCGAGGCCGGCGCCGACCCGGGCGCGGUGGCGCCCUUCUCCUUCGGCUCCCUCCUUGGCACCCAGCUGCUGCUCAUGGGCUGGGUCGAGUCCAAGCGCUGGGUCGACUUCUUCAACCCCGAGUCCCAGGCCGUGGAGUGGGCCACCCCGUGGUCGCGCACCGCCGAGAACUUCGCCAACGCCACCGGCGAGCAGGGAUACCCGGGGGGCAAGUUCUUCGACCCCCUGUGCCUCGCGGGGACGCUGCAGAACGGAGUCUACGUGCCCGAUACCGAGAAGUUGGAGCGGCUGAAGCUCGCGGAGAUCAAGCACGCCCGCAUCGCCAUGCUCGCCAUGCUCAUCUUCUACUUCGAGGCCGGCCAGGGCAAGACCCCGCUCGGCGCCCUCGGCCUAUGAAUCCAAUCAACUGCUGCUCUUCUUCUUCUUCUUCUUCUUCUUCUUCUUCUUCUUCUCACGUUUUAGUUUUUUCCGGCUCUCUUAACUACUUGGUUAGAUUCUCACUUCCAAGUGUGUUGGAAUGUAAGGUAAGGUAACGUGGAAGGAGGGGUGGGGAGGCUUUUGUACAAUGUAGUAUAUUUCCCUUUACUGUAUGAAAACUAUGGCAUGAUUUGUUUGAUGGAGAUAUA